AUGCUCAUGGACCAACGAACCAGGCUGCGGAAGGCCUGCGAUGCCUGUAGUAUUCGGAAGGUGAAGUGCGACACCAGUGGGCCUCCCUGUCGAUCGUGCGCAAGCUUGGACAUUCCUUGUACAUAUGAACGACCGAAUCGACGUCGCGGUCCUCCCAACCGCCACGCAGAGGCAUUCAAAAAGCAGAAGCUAGCAGAGACCCCUUCAGGCUCCCCAAGCCCGUCAGAUCAGACCACCCCAGGCCCUUUGGGGUCUGUUGGGAGCACCAUCCUAUCCACAUCCGCCUCCAUAUCACUGGAGUCCAUCUGUUCCAUGCCGACGAUACGAUGUCUGGUCGAUGAUUUCUUUACCUAUAUUCACCCUCUUGUUCCUGUUCCCCAUGAACCUACGUUCCGCGCCGCGUUGGAGCGUCGAGAUGAUCUUACCAGCCCCACCUUUCUGGCCCUGACGGCCGCCAUGAUCGGGACAUUGGUGGCCUCCUUCCCGCGGAGGCCCAAGUUGCAUCUCAGGAACGAAGCAGAGAAAGCGGCCUUCCCGCAUUCGAUGGCGCUGGUCAGGCGGUGCCACGACGUCUCAGUCCAGGCGCGAGGCACCGGCUAUCUCGACCGAAGCGCGACGGUGUAUGAUGCCGCAACCAGCUAUUUCCUUGGUCUUUGCUCUGGAUAUGUCUGGCAUAUGCGCCGGUGUCGAGCGUACUUCGCGGAAUGCCUGACCAUGCUGCAUGUAUACGAUCUUUGUCGCCCCUCAAACCGGAUGUCUACAUCCAUGACUCCCACGACCCCGAACUCUUGUUCGUCAAUUUACUCACAGGAUCCCUUCGGCGCGACUGCCGAAAUGCAGGUCGACUUUGUCGAACAGGAACUCGGGCGACGUUUAUACUAUACCAUUGUUGUCGGCUAUCGCACAUUACAGCAGUUGGGCUCGGGCGACGCGACAGUCUAUCUCCCUCCCGAAACCCCUACCGAGCGUUAUCCACCUAUGCCGCUGGAGGUGGACGAUGAAUUCAUCUUCUCGACCCAUGUUGACCCACAACCACCUGGCCGGACUUCGCGUCUGGUCGCCUUCAAUGCUAACGUCCGGGUGUUGAAUUCUUACAACUCCCUUUCUGCCUGGGAGGCUGCAUUCGGGCGCGGCCAGAUUUUUGAUUGGGAGCGGCAACGCUCCCUCCUGUGUGAGUGUUUACAAAAGGCCAAGGCGGUGCUCGCCAACGUCCCAAGCGAACUGACCCUUCGGUGGCCUCAGGAUUCCAUGUCAGAUGGGCAUGGCCACUUCGGACCGACCCUCUCCGUGGAGGACCCGCGGUUGUAUGCCCGCCACGUGCAGUACGAGAUCCAGAAAGCCAAUAUUUACGCCAGCCAGCUGUGCACAAGGUCGUACUUGGUGGAGAAAUAUUGGGCUCUAUACACGGCAUGGAAAAUGCAGCGGAAGAUGUCUGAGCAGCAUUCCGUCAGCCCUCGAACUAACAUCAAAGUGGAAGGCGAACAACCCCACAAUCCGGACGUAUCGGAUACGUAUGCGCAAUCAGACUUCAUCGGGAGGAUGAUGACCGAAGAACGUCGGCUCGUGAUCCGAGACUUGUUCGUAUUGCUGCGAUCUGUCAACGAGAUCAAUAUGGAACCCAACGGUGCAAGCUUUACGGCUAAAGUCCGCCAAAUCGCAUCCACCUUGCUCAACUUCCCUCACCCCAACACGAUCACGCCUGCCAUGAACGGACCGCACCCGCUGACCUCUGCCGAGGCGGAAUCCUACCUCCGCGCGUUCAUUGACACCCUCGUCCGGCUGGAGGGUCUGAAGGGGGCACCCCGACCUGCUGACUCUAGUCCCGGGGGCAGUGGGCGGUCCAUGAGCUAUGUGAGCGACCAUGACCGCGAUGAAGAGGAGCUGCGGCAAUGGGCCAGUCUGAAAGAAUACCAGACCAAGUUCGCCGAAACCGGAGGGAUAUAUACUGAUUUAUAA